AUGCCAAACAUUUCCAAGGUCGAAAAGGCCCUAGAGGCUGUCAACGCCAAUCCAGAGGCCAAGGAGCUGGUCCUGACGUUUGGCGAUAAGCAGGUCAAGCGUGGUGAAUAUAUCGGGCGAGCAGGCGCGCAAAAGACACCAUCCUUUGCGUGGUCCCAGGCCGCGCCCGGCACAACCUAUAUCAUGCUGGCCCUCGACUUGGACGCGCCCUUUCCUUCGCUGCCCGUGCUGGGGCCCAUUCUUCACGGCAUCCAGCCCGGUCUGACCGUGUCGGCCGCCGCCGGCGUUGGUGGUGGCUUGACGACGAGUACCCCGCCCGUGGCUGGUUAUAUCGGACCAGCUCCACCACCGUUGAGCGGGCCCCACCGUUAUGUGUUCUUGCUCUAUGAGCAGCCCAGCGGUUUUGACGCAAAGAAAUUCAUGCCGCAGGCCGAGGGCCAGGAAUUUCCCAUGAUGCAGCGCAUCAGGUUUGACCCGGACAAGUUUGCCAAGGAGGCUGGUCUGGGAGAAGUGCUCGCGGGUGGUUGGUUUGAGAGUAACUGA